AUGGAGGCCACCUACGACAUCUUCUACACUCCAGUUGUCGCUCAAGGCAUCGCCUUCCCCGACGAGUAUUUGGCGCAGUUGACUGCCGCUGGGUACAGCUCCAUCACCCAUGAACCCCUGCAGCGAUAUGCCUCUGAAGACUUCGCGAAUGGGUACACCGCGUGGUGGGCUUUCAGGCGCGACGGUGAUGAUGAGAUGGAGGAUGCCGAGUCUGUCGACGCGAAUGGUGCUGGCCUCGACGGCGCGCUCGACUUUCCAGAGAUCGACGAUCCACGCGGCGGCAGCCUCGACCACCAGGAGCUGCCAACAUUCACGUACUCGGCAACACCGCUUCCAAAUCUGCCCAGCGAGCCUCACAUCUUUGAAACCGAGCAAGAGGCGAGCGACACGUUGUUCAGCACCACCAGUGCGAUGCAGCUGCCAGAUGGCCUCCAGGAUGACAUCGAAGUACUGGCGGAGAAGAAAGCGCAGGCCGUGAAGCUCCUUUACAAGGCAAUCUGCAGCAUGCCUGUGAGGACCGGCCCCGUCGAGUUGAGCCAGCAGCAGACCGUCCAAGACGUGCGUGCUGACAGGGUCAAUGAGCUGGUCAACUACCUCGCUCAAUAUCGCACCGACAUCACGCACCUGAAGCUCUCCUCACUUGCCGACCUCCUUUUCCGAGCCAUCAUCAAGCUUCACAACGAGGGCUACACCGUCAAUAUGCCAGCCAAGUACCGCAGCUCAGACAAGCACCUCACCGCUGUCGAGCGCUUGGAAGCUUUGAUGCAGUACCUCUCCGACAUGAAAAGCCUGGUCCUGAAGUGUCUCCAAGAAGGAGUGGACGGGAUCGGUGAGGUCGUCGCCUUUCCUAAGAUGCUCUUCGAGCAACUUCUCAGCGGCGAAGUGGUGGACUCUGGCGACGAAGAGCGAGUCGAGGAAGUUCAGGGCCUCGAUCAGGAGGAGAGCGCUGUUGGUGAAGCAGCAGAUCCAGGCGCUCCACCAAGCCUUACCAUGUCUGCAACCCCGGCCUCCGCAUCCGGCUUUGCUCCUGCUACUUCCCAGGCCACGCAGCAGAGCACUCCACGAACCACGAACCCACGGAGCAGAGGACCUCGUCGUCGCCUGAGACCGAAGAUGGCGUCCAACUUCUUGUAG